GGGAGGUGAGUGACACCACCAACACCAACACAGAGGGAGGCAGCUCGACAGUGUGGUGAUUUUUUUUAUUCAUCAUAAACCUGCCAUUUAUUCUUACGGUCGCACGUUGACUAUCAUAUUUCAGCGCAGCGCGAGGUGAGCGCUUGUGAGGAUGACGAUGCCGCAUGUAGGGGCAGUAUUCGCAGCAAUAGCAGGAGUGACGGCCAUCCUGUUGCACUCCUCCAUUCACAAGAUAGAGGAAGGACACCUUGCAGUGUACUACAGGGGUGGGGCGCUGCUGACUUCUCCCAAUGGUCCUGGAUAUCACAUUAUGCUGCCUUUCAUUACCACCUUCAGAUCAGUGCAGACUACUCUCCAAACGGAUGAGAUCAAGAAUGUGCCUUGUGGAACCAGCGGAGGGGUGAUGAUCUAUUUCGACAGAAUAGAAGUUGUCAACAUGCUGGUCCCUUUAGCAGUGGUGGAAAUUGUGAGGAACUACACCGCUGAUUAUGACAAAACUCUCAUUUUCAACAAGAUCCACCAUGAGCUCAACCAGUUCUGCAGUGUGCACACGCUACAGGAGGUCUACAUCGAGCUGUUUGACAUUAUAGAUGAGAACCUGAAGACUGCGUUGCAGAAAGAUCUUAACUGUAUGGCACCAGGACUUACAAUACAGGCAGUCCGUGUUACCAAGCCAAAGAUCCCAGAGUCUAUCCGGAGGAACUUUGAACUCAUGGAAGCAGAAAAGACUCGUCUGCUAAUAACAGCUCAGACUCAGAAAGUGGUGGAAAAGGAAGCAGAGACUGAAAGGAAGAAGGCCAUUAUUGAGGCUCAAAAAAUGGCUCAGGUCGCCCAGAUCCAUUUCCAGCAGAAGGUGAUGGAGAAAGAGACGGAGAAGAAGAUCUCUGAAAUCGAAGAUUCUGCUUACCUGGCCAGGGAGCGGGCAAAGGCUGAUGCCGAGUUUUACACCGCUGCUAAGUCUGCUGAAGCAAACAAGGUGAAGUUAACAACAGAGUACCUGGAGCUGAUGAAGUACCAGGCCAUAGCUGCUAACAGUAAGAUCUACUUUGGCCAGGACAUCCCAAACAUGUUUGUGGAGGGAACCAACAGUCCACCUAAGCUGCCCAACGCUGAACCAGACUGGUUUAAAGGGAAACCAGAAGGCCAGUGACUCCACAGCCGCACCUCUGCACAGGACCGGGGAACCUGAUGAAGACUUGUUCUGCCUGUGGGGUGGCGAGCACUGAUCUGAAGGUGAUACGUGGGAUGGCUUUGCAGCUAGUUUGGUGAACAACAAACUUCAGUCUUAAAUCUAAAUGGUGAGGAGAGGGGGUGGGUGGGGGGAGGGGGGUGCAAUUGGAAAGACGAGCAGAAGUGAGAGGUAGAAAGGGCAAGAUAAAAGCGAAAGUACCUCUUCACCUCCUCCACUCUUUGGGGAAAAGACAAGUUUCAGGAAUGAGAAUGAUGCCAUAGUUAAAAAAAAAAGUCGAAAGCAUAAUUAAUGCUUAUGCCUGGGAAGGCGACGGCAAGUCGCCCUAAGCUACGUGUGCUUGCAAUCAUUGCAGUGCUGAGCUUUGCUUUUUGAUCUGCAUUAAUUUAGUUCGUUUGUUUGUUUGUUUGUAUGCAAGAGGAGCAAUUUGUUACUAAAAACGAAAUUGAAUUCUAAUUUUUUUUUUUUUUUUAAGAAUUAAUUUCCGCUUUAGCUGAACUGGAAUCUGACAGGACACUAAUUAAAAGCAUGAAGGUUUGUGUAAAGUGUGUGCAGGUCGUCUCUGACACGAGUUGGCUCUUCUCUCUCAACACGGGUCAGUUGUUUUAAUCACACAUGAUAUCCAGUGUUACCGGAGGGUGAUUUAAAGGUGGUUGUGACGGUUUUGAUACAGUUGUACAAGCAUUAAAAAAAAAAAGAAGAUCUUGCAGCGUUCACUACAUGAAGCCCACCUAAAUUUCCCAUUGACUGAAAUUGUACAGAAAUGAAAACUGAUUUGUAAAAGUUAUUUUUUAAAUGAUAAUGUUCUACAACCGAGUGGCCUGACUUUGUUAAGUUUUCACCUGAGCCUGCAUAACUUAGAAAGAAGAUAAUAUUCUAUAGAUCCUCAAGUCUUUACAGUGGAAGGGCAGUCUGCAUGUGGUCAUAGGUUAGUUAAUAAACCGUCGUGUCAGAUUGGUUGUGGUGAGUGUUGUUCGAGAGUGAAGCCACUACAGAAAGACUUGAGAAGCUGCACUAAGAUGUGAUGAGGUAUUUACUGUGAAGCCAACUGAGAGAAAACAUUUUUUCUGCUGCUGAAAACUAGAUUUUCUCUGGUAAAAACUAAUUCAAGGUGAUGAAUAGUUCACAGUUAAUUCAUUUCGGUGCGCAGCAUUAGAUCGAUUGUAUUCAAGAGGGCUGUACACUGGAAGAAGUCGUGAUUUGUCUUCCUCGAAGUCUGUGAAUCGUUCUUCCCUCCAUCUGUUUUUUUACUACCGGGCUAUGCAUGCGUAUAGGCUUUAUUCAGAUGACUAGUAGUGCCUGCAUUUGUCUGCUAGCUCUCAGAUAAUUGUGACGUGGCUAAAUGUAAAUUCUCAGGAAAUUGACCUUUUUUUCAAUAAAAGAGCUUCUCGAAGCGUACACCCUUAAAUUCAGAAUCGACACUGUAAGAACAUGUCAGAGAAAGAGCUUGAAUUAUGAAGUCGCUCUGUUGUAAGAAUCAUUUGAUUUGAGGAUGACCCAAGCUUGUGAUCGGUUGUAUUGAAAAAAAAACACCCAACACUUUCGACUAAAGUCAAAACGUGUCUCUUGCAAAUAUUUAAGGUGACAUUGUCAUCGCAAGCCACCAUUUUACUGCACCAUCUAUUUACAAAAGUUGUCCGUGAGAUUGAAAUAAUACGAAGAAAGCCGCCCUUCCACCGUCAAUGUUUACAUUUGUGUUUAAGUCAAGAAUUGAUGUUCUGCAAAACUUUUCAAUCGUUACUAAACAGUAUCAUUUAAAUGAUAUUAAUGGGAAAACAUGCAACUCCUAAUAAUAAUGAUAGUGUUACACUUAGUGAGACUAUUGUCAUCUAUGGAUGAAUGUUGUUAAUGCUCGGGCUUAAACCAGAUGCAAAGUGGUGCUAGUUCUUAUCGCGUUAAAGCUUUUUGGAUUUUCUUCUGCUCGGUGUAUCAGAAACAUGGAAAGACUUAAACUAUUCAGAAUUCAAGCCUUAAAUAACAAUGGUUUACCCCAGACUGAAGGAUUCAGUAAUUAUUAUAAACCAAGAGGCUCCACUUGAAGUUGUCUGUGCACUUGGACGUACAUAUUGUACCAUGAAGCCUCAUCACAGACUCUCUCGGAGAAAGACACAGAACUAGCAGCGGACACUAUUCGUUGUUCGGAGGAUGCUGUGAUGUUAAUUGACCUGGGUUGGAAUUUAAAGGCUGCACUCUGCAUUUGUUGCUUCGGUGGUGGGUUCAAUUAAGCUGCAGUAUAAGGGUAUGAAUUUCCAUUGAAGAUUAAAUUUCUUUUUUUCUCUGUCAAUAUUUUGUACAAUCUGUGAAAUCCAAACAUUGUCUCUUUGUUUUAAAAAAGGUUUAUAUGAUGAUAAAAUGUUUUCAAGUUUUGACAAUGUUCUACAAUAAAACACCUAUUUUGGUA